AGCACGGCAAAAGUCACCGCUCCUCUGCCUUCUAGCAGCCAACACCGCAACGAGGGAGGCAGAGAUCAGCAACGGUGACGUGAAACGAAACCAGCACCGAGUCCGUACCCGCGACUCCAGGAGGAUUAAUUAGUAAACUAAAGCUCUCGGUAACCGGACGCCGCUGGUGGUGCUGGCUCGGAGCUCGGCAGAGGACACAGGGCCACCGGCGCAUGUGGAGGUUGUGUUUUUCAGAGAAGGCCAGGAGGAGCAGACUUGGAGGAAAUUGAGAGAGACGCCGCUCAGCAGCAGCAGCAGCAGCAGCCUGCGCAGUUUAGAGAGAGUACGGCAUGAGGGACUUCACCCCCAAACUGCGCACCGACUCUGCAGGAUGCACCCCUGCAGCUGUGUAGCUGCUUGAGGACGCACUGAGACGAGCUCGUUCCGGACGUGUGCAAGAAUCUCUGAGGGAUUGGGCCUGACUGGUUUCUGACCGCAGCUGCAACAUUUGGUUUAUCGUUCCUGCUCUCCCGAGAGCCGUGCGCUGUGGCCUUGUAGCGGACAUGGGAAAUGUAAACAGUAAUCGGGCUGGAUUUUAAACUACGCACACGUCCCAAGUCUGCCUCCUCCUCCCGGGCCGUCCGAGACGGAGAUGGAGACGGAGAGGAUCGUGCAUGAGCAGGAGGGAGAGGCUGAGCCGCCCAUGCACCACGUCCAUGGAACCAACCGGAUUAGACCGUCCUCAUACCGGGCCCUGCGCAGCGCCGUGUCUACCCUGGCCCGCCUGGAUGACUUCAGCCGCGAGAAGAUCGGCGCAGGGUUCUUCUCCGAGGUGUUCAAGGUGCAGCACCGUGUGUCCGGUCAGGUGAUGGCUCUGAAGAUGAACAUCCUGGCCAGUAACAGGGCCAACAUGCUCAGGGAGGUCCAGCUCAUGAAUCGACUAUCGCACCCUAACAUACUCAGGUUUAUAGGCGUGUGUGUCCAUGAGGGGCAGCUCCAUGCUCUCACAGAGUACAUCAAUGGUGGAAACCUGGAGCAGCUGUUGGGCAGCGACGUGUACCUGUCGUGGAGUGUGCGACUCAGCCUUGCUCUGGAUAUCGCCCGGGGACUGAAGUACCUGCACAGCAAGGGCAUCUUCCACAGAGACCUGACCUCCAAGAACUGCCUGGUGCGCUGGGAAGGUGGCGUGUGCUCGGCUGUGGUGGGAGACUUUGGCCUGGCAGAGAAAAUACCAGAUUACAGUGAGGAAGAAGGCCAGGAGCCUCUGGCUGUGGUCGGCUCCCCCUACUGGAUGGCUCCGGAGGUGCUCAGAGGAGAGGUGUAUAAUGAGAAGGUGGACGUGUUUGCAUACGGUAUCAUCUUGUGUGAGAUCAUUGCGAGGAUACAGGCUGAUCCCGACAUCCUGCCACGCACUGAGGAUUUUGGUCUGGAUGUGGAGGCCUUUCGACAUAUGGUGGCAGACUGCCCGUCUCACUUCCUGAAUUUGGCUAUCGCCUGCUGUAAUAUGAACGCAAAGCUCCGUCCAGCUUUCUCCCAAAUCGUAGCAGAGCUGGAGAAGAAACAAGCUGAGAGAAAACAGAAGGCCGAACCAGCUGUCAAAGAAGCAACUUCUCCGCCUGUCAGCCCUGUGCGAAGGCGAUCCCUCGGCCUGCUGUUAGACCAGCGUCUCUCCCGCAGCAAAUCCGACAUGCUCCAUCCUCCAGAGACGCUGCCUCCUGCUACCUUGGCUCCUCCUGCUCGGGUUAACCCCUUCUCCCAGAGGGAGGACCUCAAAGGCGGGAAGAUCAAGCUGUUUGACACGCCCAGCAAGUCGGUCAUCUCCCUGACCUUCACGCUGCCUCCUCCACCAGACUGCGAUGACACCGCUGCAUCUGAUGCGGAUGCCGUCGACAUGCCCAGGAGGCACAGGCGCUGCCACUCGCUGCCUUGCACGCCUCCUCCACACCUCACGUCGGCACCGAACACCGUCCUCUCUGAGGAGUCUCCGUCUGAGAUGGAAGUGAACGAGGCAACUGAGGAGGACAGUCUUCUAGAAGAGAAGGAUGCUUACAGGGCGAGUGAUUCAGGCCUCCCUCUGUCUCUUGAGGCGCUGUCGGUAAACAUGUUCGACCAUGAGAAAGAGAAGCGGCAGCAGGAGGAGGAAGGGAGGGAGGAGGAGCCAAUGGACUGCACUAGUUCCCCAGACAUGCAAGACAGCACUUCGUCUGCUUACUCCAAACUUUCCUCUCCUCCUUCCCAUUUCUCAUCUCCCUUAGAACCAUCCAGUCCUCCUUUCUCAAACGGCUGGGGGUCGGCCAUCUCUAACGGGCCUCCGUGCCUCCCGCCGCUCUCCAGUUUGGUCAACAACAAUGUGGUUGUGAGUCGACCACUGGGCUGGAGCACCGCCACCAACAGCACUCCCACAACCAACAACAAUGGCUACCACUCCCCAACAGGAGACCCCGCAGGCUCUUCUCCCUUUGGCUCUGGCAGCGGACACUCUCUGGACCAGGAGGAGGUCAUCUCCUCAUGUCCCGGCUGCUGCCUGGCUGGCCUCCGGUUCCCCUCAGUGUGUCUGAGAGCUCCUCCACGGCGUAACCCUUACAAGAACUUGAACGGAGACCACGCGGCCUCUCACGGGCUGCUUUGUUCGGGACCCAAGGGCCUGCCGCCCUCCCCCACACCCACAACCACGACCACCAGCCUGGAGCCGGGACUCGCCUUGCCUGGGGUGCAAACAUAAACCCUAAUUCUUCAACACCAAAUACACGCAGAGCAGACAUGGAAACUGUGCACCAAAAGGUCACACUCUGGGGAAUUAAGCAGGUCCUCUUUAAAAUUUGCACAGAUUUUAACGCAGCAAUACUCUGCUUAUUUUCCAGACACACUUUUUGGCGCACAGGUGACUCUUAAGUGUUCGGGUCGCUUUACAGAGAGACUCCAAAACGGGCUGAUUUUCUCCAAUAAAGCUGUGGGACGUAAAACUUUUCAGGCGACGCCCUCUGCUGGACUGAGGGCAGCACAGCCUGUGACGUCAGCCGUGCCUGUAUAGAUCUGAACGGCAGCGUCCAGAACUGAUCAGCAUGUAAACACUCCAGUCUGGGAUCCGGUUCAGUUGGAUGUUGAAUAUUUGCAGAUGUAAAGAUUGAUAUGUCAGAGGAUCCUGGAAUGAGGAAUGUUCAGCUUAGUAUUAUCGUUGUUGCAAUGAUGUUCGGUGCUGAAUGAACAGGCAGUUUUGCUUUGAUGUCUUUAAUUAUCAGGUGUAUGAUGCUCUGCUGAGGUGUGUUUGUGAAUUGAAUGCAGGUGCGUGUGUGUGUGUGUGUGUGUGUGUGUGUGUGUGUGUGUGCUCUACACCAUUCUUAAGACUAUUUUUGUUGCUGUAUGAUCUCUGGUCCUUCUGAUUGCCUGGUUAAGCACUUCAGCUGUAUUAUUGUUAAUAAGGAAACUGUUUAUCAUUUGGGAAUGAAGGUCUUUGACCUGCUUAAGAGAUGUACAGAUUCUUAUUAUUUAAACAUGGCAUUGAAUAAAAAGACAGAAUGCACUCAUA